AUGGCACGCCCUCGCAAGUCGCGUAACCGCGGGAUGCAUCCUCCUUCCGGGCCGCAACGCCCAGCUGCAACACACGCUCUCUCCUUAAAGGCAAUCGUUCGCGCAACCAAAGUACUCGAUCGCAGCAAAUUCCAACUCCUCGUGUUGCCCCGCGAGCUGCGCGACUCGAUCUAUGGCUAUGCCACUAUCGACAAGCAGGCUGCUAGUCUCUGCGGCACUACGUUCGAGUUGCGCCCUCGCCAGGUUGCACAGUGGAACCUUCUUAGCGUCUGCCGCCAAGUCCAGAUCGAGUAUCAACAAGUUGUCGACAAGUCCGCCAGCCUCGAGAUCUACGAUCUAAUGGACACUAUCCCGUCCCCUGCGGAGAUUACCAGCUUGCCCGCAGCCGCUUCCGGCAUCACUUCGCUGGUCAUUUAUCUCAUUUCGGACGCAGCUCUACAAGGAAUCUCCGAGAUGACACAGCACAAGCGCUGGGUUGACAAGGUCUUGCAUCUGCUUCCGAAUCUGCGCAGCCUGAGCUUAUCGACUCACGCUCCCUUGGCCUUCAGCUUCGGGAUUGCUAGGAUGGAAGCUGAGCUAGCUCCCUGGAUGAAGCUACCUUUACUUCGUGAGUUCAAGGUAUGGGAUGCGUUCAAGGAAGUGAAACAGCUGCGGACCAUCGAGGAGCACGGCAGCUCGUCUGAGCGCGAGGUUUUGGUCAUGGAGUGGUCGAAGGAGGGUGGGGGCUGGCAGGACCUCGACCAGCUCGAGAUCAAGAGAGCGGCUUUGAGGCUCGUUGAGAUUGGCAUACCGAAAGGCAUGGCCACGGCAUCGAACUACCAGCAAGCGAUGGUGGCCGCGCGCCCAAGCACGACAAACGCAGCAGAUGCGCAACGAGACAUCUUUCGCUUUUUCGAUCUGCCACGAGAGCUGCGCGACCUGAUCUGCGAGUAUGCCCUCUUUGAUGGAGCGCCAACUAGUCUCUGUGGCACCAAGGUCAAGCUGCGGCCUCGUAAUAUUGCCCGCCAACAUGUUUUGACCGUUUGCCGGCGACUCAAGAACGAGAUGGAAAAAGUUGCAGCAAGUCGCGCCACCCUCGACGUUUUCGACUUGAAUGGACACAUCCCUGAACCGAACGAGAUCAUCAGCCUCCCUGUUGUCGCUGCCAGGACUUCUGCGUUGGUGCUUCACCUCAUCCGCUCGAACUGCAAAACCGUCGACGAAUACGCACUUAUGCCUGAGAUCCAGCGGCACAGGCUCUGGAUCGAUAAGCUCUUGCAGAUGCUACCAACACUCUGCAAUCUGACCAUAAUUGUCCACACUCAACGGGCGCAAACCUGCGGACCAGAUGCAAUUAGUGCGCUGAAAGAAGUUCUGGCACCAUUGAUGGAAUUAGCGCAUCUCGAAACACUCGAAGUGUACAAGGCGGAGGGAUCUAAGCGUAUGGCGUGUGGAAGGCCAACAAGAAUCGGAAUUCUGGGCAGCGCCGCAGCAGGAUACUGUUGUAAACCACGAGCGCCUGGACCGGAAUUACUGUGGUCGCUCAAUCCAAAGAGGAUCGAGUCGUAG